CCCUGAAAGCGACAUGGUCCCUGCACACUUUAGAUCUUUUCAUUGUCCUUCAUGAGAUUAUAUAUUCCCCUAUGGGAGCAUUUGAUUGACAAUGUUACGCAGAAUAUCAUCGGUUUUUAUCUUCUUUGAAAACCCCACUCCAUAAUUCCUUGAAAAAUGUCUCCGGAAAGAGCCAGUCAUGACAAACGAAAACAUUGUGCUAUUAUCGGUGCUGGUGCUGCAGGAAUGGCAUGUGCUGCAUCACUUGCAGAACAUCCGAAUAAAUUCAAGGUUACAGUCAUCGAGCGGAUGGGCGUGUGCGGCGGACAAGCCACGAGCAUUUCCAUCGACAAAGGCAAAUUUGGUACAUCAUGGAUGAACAAUGGAGUCCAAGGGGGAUCUCCUGCAUUCAAACACACCUUUAAUUUCUUUCAAAAAUACGGACAUCAGCCCCAAGAGGUCAAACUACAAGUAGCUUUUGGGAAGGGCAAAGAUAGUUUUUGGACGAAUUGCUUUCCCAGCGUCUUGGUCGACCAAUUUUCCGCCGAUAUUCGAAAGUUUGGAAAGGUCUUAAAAUUUAUCAAAUACACGAUGCCCGUUUUUGGUCUCAUCCCAAUCAAGCUCAUGCUUCGUAUCUUUUUCUUCAGCAAGGAUUUUGGAGAUAAGAUGGUAUACCCUUUGAUCGCUUUAUUUCUCGGAACCGGAAACCAAACUGCUAAUGUUUCCUGCGCAAUACUUGAGCGCUUAUUCGACGAUCCCAAUAUGAAAUUAUGGAAUUAUGAUUCUGACACGCUGCUGCCCAAUUUGCCGACUAUGGUCACUUUUCCCAAUCUUCAUAAUUUUUAUCAAGACUGGGCUGCAGAUCUACGUGCCAAGGGAGUAGAUAUUCGGCUGAACACCGAUGUCUCUGCUGUGCUUAGCCGGAGCAACGAAGGUGUCGAGCUUCAGACUCGGCCAUUUAAACCAUCUCGACCAGAUGAGCUUGCUGGUGGAACACAUGCUAGCUCAGAAGCAAGCACUGAGAGAUUCGAUGAGAUGGUUCUGGCAAUUCUCGCUGAUGACGCAAAGAAGAUUUUGGGGAAAACAGCAACGUGGAGGGAAAAGUUUGUGCUCGGUAGUGCACGAUUCUAUGAUGAUAUUACCAUCACCCAUUCCGACAGCGCUUACUUUGAGAAGCAUUAUGAAACUAAAUUCGACUCGAAGCUCUGCGCAGAGCCUAAGUCGAGUGACCAGGAAAGACAAAUACGUUUUGCCGCCGGAGAGACUACGGGACCAGGCGGCGAGCCCAGCGGCUAUCGCCCAAUGUACUUUACGCAUUCUUAUCCGCAGGAUAUGCAGAAAAUCGAAAUGGCGUUUGACUGCACAAACUAUCAGCAUCAGUUUCGACAAGAACAAGACGCCGACAAACCGCCCCAGCCAUUUGAUCAGCACAUAUUUCAGUCAAUUUUCUUAGAUAAAACCCAUCGAGAGCUAUGGACCAUUGACGAAAUCGACAAGGAUAAGAUCAUAGAGUCCAAAUGGUGGCAUCAGCUGGGUCAUCGAUGGCAACAUUAUCUUCGCGUUGUUCCGGGAAUGAUGUUUCUUAACGGCCACAACCAUACCUUCUACGCCGGUUCCUGGACUCUAGUGAAUAUGCAUGAACUUGCUUGUGUUAGCGGCAUCGCUGCAGCGUAUCGUUUGGGAGCCGAGUACGAAAGAUUUGACGAGUUCGCCGAAACCUUUUUCGCGAAUUAUCUACUCAUCUCACAUGGUGUGCGCUACAAGCCGAGAAAGAACAAGAGUUCUUAAUUCAUCGUUGCGUUGUCUGGGGCCGGUUCGAUGUGGUAGCUUUGAGCGUAGGCGUCGGAAAAUAAAUGCUUUCUAUUGAAGCCGAAGCCAUAUGUUUCACAUACGUUACUAGAGACCAUAGAUUUGUGCAGGAUUACCAUCAUAGAAGAGUGGGUUCCCGGAAAAGGGUCACCUGUUGUCAUUUCUAGGACGACGAAGCGUUACACAAAGGACGUGGCAACGGACUUAAACUUAACGAAUUAUGUAUGAAUCAUCGAAAGGUAGAAUAUGAGACAAGCCUUUCAAUUUCGAUAAGACAUUACGAUGAGCACAUGGAAUCAUGCUACACGAUGAGCUUUCUCGAACGUAGCAUUGUUCUUGCUUCAAGAAAGCUUUAUGCUACUUGUUGAAAAACUGGCGAAAAUCAAUGAAAGUAAGCCAGUGCUCGCUCGCCACUCGUCAGC